AUGGAUUUCGUGCUGGUCCAGACUGGGACAGGUUCCGAGGUAGCGCCUCCCGUGCUCGGGGGAGGCGCCGUCGCGACGGAAUCCCGGCAACAGCAGAGGUCGCCCCCGAGGGAUGCGACGCAAACUCACGAGAGACGCCCCUUCGGGGGGACAGGUGACAACCACGCUAGGAUAAUGCAAGAACUACGCCACAGAAUGCAGGACUUAGAGCGCAGGCUAGCAGAAAGAGAGCGCGACCAACGCUCCCCAGAGCGGAGCCCCACCCGUUCCCGUUCAAGGAGCCGCUCAAGGCGCACGCCGAGCCCCCGAUACGAGUCGGAGAGCACUGGGGGGCGGGUACGCCCCAGAAGAAGAAGUCGGGACCCCAUUAUCUACGCCCGACACGAAAGGCGGCGUGCGUCGAACCGGGGCGACGAGGAGGCUCACCGCGAGAACGACGAGUCAAGAAGAACUGCCCGAGGACUCGUCAUAAUAGGAGCGACUCCUUUCCACCGUUCCAGACCCGGAGAGCCGACCAGGAAGUACCUGGACCGUUUUAAUGACGAGUGCUUGAAAAUUGACGGUCUGACGGACUCGGUGGCAAGUUUGUGCUUAACGAACGGGCUCUCGAAUGAGGACUUCAGGAAACACCUCGCCACAAAGCCCGUCUGGACAAUGCAAGAGAUCCAGUGUGUGGCCAAAGAAUACAUCAAUGACGAGGAAGUCAGCCGGGACGCCCUCGAGCAAGCUAUCAGGGACGGCAAACUCGCCGAUUUCUCCCACCUUAUAAGGGAACCAAGGAGACGCAACCGGGACCACGACAGCGAAGAUAGAUCCCGACCAACGAGGCGACGACAAGAACCAGAGGGUGACGACCACGGCCUCACGGUGGUAAACGUGGUGACGGCCAGAAAUACCGCCCCGAAGUCGAAAUCGGCACAGAAGAAAGAUGCCAAGGUCCUAGCGAUCUCCACCUCACCCGUUAGAAGUCUUAAGGGUCUCCCACCUAUCUCUUUCGGCCCGGAGGAUCAAUGGUUCGACGAGGCGCCGGAAAGUCCGCCCAUGGUCAUCACGGCUAGGGUCAGAACUGGCCUCGUCAAACGAAUCCUGCGGCAGGGUACAGAUAUCUGA